GAAGAAGAAUCAAUCCCCACAACAAGCCAUCCCAUCAUUCAUCCAUCCAUCUCUCCAGCUCACAGUUUGAACCCUUGAACCGCCCCCUUUCUCUCUCUCUCUCCCUCUCUUUUAUUCACAGGAGAGGGAGAACAAAAGUGGAGGAAAGGGGAAAACAAUGAACAACAACAACAUCCGCUCCCACAAGCUUACAAUAUUCCCUUCUUCUUUUAAUCUCCCAUCAUUAUUCCCUCUUUGUGUCUCCCUGCUCUUCUCUUUUUUCGCUUCCUACCAACUUCACCCCACAUUCCCCAUCAUUGUUCUCCUCCAAUGGCGACCACCCGGCAGCGCGUUUACCAAGCCUGGAAAGGACGAAAUAUAUUUCUGUUGAAGGGUAGGCUAAUAUUUGGACCAGAUGCAAGAUCAGUGGCGAUAACCGUGUUGCUAAUUCUGAUUCCAUCCGUUAUCUUCUGCACGAGCGUUGCGAGGAAUCUUGCAGAGGAGUUGCCGCCAACAUCUUGCCUGCGCUACGCCAUCCCAGCUGCAGCCAUUCUCUUCACAAUCUAUGUACUAGUGCUGCUAUUCCUCACUUCAAGCAGAGACCCAGGCAUCGUCCCACGAAACACACAUCCACCUGAAGACGAAAGCUUCUACGACCCUUCCAUCAGAAUCGACGCCAACAAUGGCAGGCAGACACCAACUCCACGGCUGCCUCGCACCAAAGAGGUCCUGGUCAACGGCCUCCCCGUCAAAGUCAAGUACUGCGAGACCUGCAUGCUGUACCGCCCGCCUCGCUGCUCCCACUGCUCCGUCUGCGACAACUGCGUCGAGAGGUUCGACCACCAUUGCCCCUGGGUCGGCCAGUGCAUUGGCGUGCGCAACUACCGCCACUUCUUCCUCUUCGUUUCGUCGUCGGCGUUUCUGUGCAUCUACGUCUUUGCAAUGUCGGCUUGGAACAUCAAGUUUCUCAUGGAUCAACACGUCUACCUCUGGAGGGCAAUGAGGGAAUCCCCUGCAUCGGUCGUUCUGAUGAUCUACUGCUUCAUUUUCCUGUGGUUUGUUGGUGGACUCACUUGCUUCCAUCUCUAUCUCAUCAGCAGAAAUCAGACUACAUACGAGAACUUCCGAUAUGGGGCCAUGAACAGGGUGAAUGUGUACAACAAGGGUUGCUUGAGGAACUUCCUGGAAGUGUUUUGCAGCAAGACCAAGCCUUCCAGGAUCAAUUUUCGGGCUUACGUACAAGAAGAGCAGCAGACGCAGCAACAACAACAGUAUUGUUUCCCAGCGAUGCAGCUAAGGGAACAAGCGAAUCGAGAGAAUGGAGAUGGUGGGGAUGAUCGUCGGGUGAAGGUGGAGGACAACUUGGAGAUCGAUAAGGACUUCAUGAAGAUUUCGGAGAGGCAUAUUGCCAUAGAAGAUGGGGUAUGAUGAAGUAGCUCGGUAGGUUAGAAGGUCGAGAUGAAGAGUUUUUUUUUUGUUGUUGUUGUUGUUGUUGGUGGUGGUGGUGUUUAUAGUGGUGGGGUUAGAAGUAUGAGCAAGGUUUUGAAGCAAUGUGAUGUACCAUUCCAAAUGGGAAUAUAGGGAAACGGUCUGCAAUUCUUUUGGUUAGGUUUUUACGGAUGAAUGUUGAGAUUCUAGAGGUCGUCAUGACUCAUGAGCCAUUGGGAUGGAUUGUAGUGUUGGGUUUUAUAGCACAAGCAAUUGUGCUUUCUUUGUGGUCAAACUAAGGAGAUACCUAGUUACUUGAUUCACAACCCCUUUUCAAAUUUGAGCCUCAUUCACCCCAAGAUUCUCUUGUGCCUUAUUUGUAGACCAAGAUACUCCACCAUGCUACUUACCUUAUGAAGCAUCUAUAAUCAAGUCAAAUUUCGUGC